AAGCCACACUCUGAUGAUUCGGGGCUUAGUCCUGCCACGGGAGCUGGGGAAGCACCACUGCAGCUGGGGAAGAACCAACCCUAAAACACCCCUUGGGACUUGUAAAGCAGCAAAGGAAGCAAGCUGUACCUCCACCCUCCUCCAGCACUGAAGGAAGGUUCAGCUCUGGCUCCACUGAUCCAGUACAAUGAUCUGGAUACUUCAAGUGUUGUUCUCACCGCUCCCAACACCAGCACUGAUCAGUCUCAUUGCAUUUGGAGCUGUCAUCUUCCUGUGGGUGAUAAGCAGGCCAAAACCCCUCUUACCUCCUGUUGACUUGAACAAGCAGUCGAUAGGAAUUGAGGGAGGAGCCAGAAGAGCUGCACUCUUGACAGAUAAUAACCUGCUUUCUUAUUACUUUGAAGAUGCUAAAACCCUGUAUGAAGUUUUCCAGAGAGGAGUGAGUAUUUCUGGAAAUGGUGACUGUCUAGGCUACAGGAAACCCAAGCAACCUUAUCAGUGGCUGACAUAUAAACAGGUUUCAGACAGAACUAAAUACCUGGGAUCAGGACUUCUGCAAAAAGGAUGUCAACCAUCCUCAAGCCAGUAUAUUGGCAUUUUUGCUCAGAAUAGGCCAGAGUGGAUCAUUUCAGAAUAUGCCUGCUACACCUACUCAAUGGUUGCUGUUCCACUCUAUGACACUCUGGGACCAGAGGCCAUUGUAUAUAUUGUUAACAAAGCUGACAUAAGCGUGGUGAUCUGUGACACGCCUGCAAAGGCAGAGGUCUUGCUUAAGAACUGUGAGGACAAAAAGACCCCAUGUCUGAAGAUUAUUGUUCUCAUGGAUCUCUUUGAUAAAGAGCUCAAGGACAGAGGAGCUAAAGUGGGAGUUGAAAUUCUGUCACUGCAGGAGGUUGAGGAGCUGGGAAGAAACAACAUCAGAGAUCCAGUUCCUCCUAAGCCUGAAGAUCUUUCUGUUGUGUGUUUUACAAGUGGAACCACAGGUAACCCUAAAGGAGCCAUGCUGACACAUCAGAAUGUUGUUUCAAAUGCUGCUGCCUUCCUUAGAUGCACAGAGAACACAAUUGAGUGUACAAGUUCAGAUGUUGUCAUUUCCUAUCUUCCUCUGGCUCACAUGUUUGAGAGAGUUGUGCAGACUGUGGUAUACAGCUGUGGAGCAAAAGUAGGCUUCUUCCAAGGAGAUAUCAAGCUGCUAACAGAUGACAUGAAAACCUUGAAGCCAACGCUAUUUCCAGUUGUACCAAGACUGCUCAACAGAGUCUAUGACAAGAUCCAGAGUGGUGCAAACACCCCAGUAAAGAAAUUCCUGUUAAAAUUUGCUGUGUUUAUGAAGACAGCUGAAAUAAAACAGGGCAUCAUUCGAAAUGACAGCAUUUGGGACAAGGUUGUCUUCAAAAAAAUUCAGGAAACCAUGGGUGGAAGAGUGCGUAUCAUGGUGACAGGUGCAGCCCCUAUAUCUCCCUCUGUCCUGACAUUUCUUAGAGCAGCAUUAGGCUGUCAGAUCUUUGAAGGUUAUGGCCAGACUGAAUGCUCAGCUGGAUCCACUUUCUCAAUGCCUGGAGACUGGACAACAGGCCAUGUUGGAGCCCCUCUGGCUUGUAAUAUCAUAAAACUAGAUGAUGUGGAAGAAAUGAGCUACUUCUCUUCUAACAAUGAAGGCGAGGUCUGCAUUAAAGGACCAAAUGUGUUCAAAGGUUAUCUGAAAGACCCUGACAAGACAGCAGAAGCAAUUGAUAAAGAUGGCUGGCUCCACACUGGAGACAUAGGGAAGUGGUUGCCAAAUGGAACGCUGAAGAUCAUUGAUAGGAAGAAGAAUAUAUUUAAACUUGCACAAGGAGAAUACAUUGCUCCAGAGAAGAUAGAAAAUGUCUAUAUCAGAAGUGCUCCUGUAGCCCAGGUCUUUGUACAUGGGGAAAGUCUGAGGUCUUUUCUAAUAGGUAUAGUGGUUCCUGAUGCUGAGAUGCUUCCAGAAUUUGCAGCAAAACUGGGAGUCAAAGGUUCCUUUGAAGAGCUCUGCAAAAACCCUGCAGUGAAGAAAGCUAUUUUAGAUGAUAUGAUCCAACUGGGGAGACAGGCUGGCCUUAAAUCCUUUGAACAAGUUAAAGACCUGUACAUCCACACAGAGUUGUUUUCUGUAGAAAAUGGACUCUUGACGCCAACACUGAAGGCAAAGCGAGGAGACGUUGUUAAAUUCUUCCAGAAGGAGAUUGAGGCCCUCUAUUCAUCUACUCAGGAAUAAAUAGCCAGUUGAACUUAAACUGCAUGGAGUAGCUAAAUCUGUGACACUACAUGGCCUGUGGUGAAGACAGGCUUGAGUGGAGGGGAACAGGAACUUAAAUAAAUUUAAGUUUGAAAAAUGACUUGUGGAUGAAGAUGGCUGUAGUAUAACUGACAACUUGCAGUGUUAACAUCCUGUGGGACUGAGCAUCAACUGUCUGGGCUAAGCCACAACUUUCAUCUUUCUUGGACUGUGACUGAAAUGCUGUAACAUGCAAGAACCCUCAGCCUUUAAAAGACAGCUGUAUGCACUUCUCACUGUCAAAAGCAAAUCUUGUUUUCCUGCUGAAACUACAAACUCCACUGUGACCUGUUGUGGACUGAUCUGCAAUCAGACUGAACACAGUAUGAAUUCAUGCUAACAUCUGUUUAGCAAACACAGAACUGAAUUUCCUGUUCCUAGCCCUGGACCACGUGGUACAAGUUGUUAAUAAUGAAAAUGAGUAAUUAUUUGCAAAAUACAUUUGUCUACAGCAAAUGUUCAUUCUUUAGGAAGCACUGGAUUAGUUUUUGCACAUUUUCAAAUGAAAUGGCAGUGUUAAAGCCUAUACACUUACGAAUUUGAGCCUAAUAAGUGUAAAACUUUAGCUGUCAAUCCUAAGGUUAUAGGAUGUAAUAAAUUGAGACUGCACAAUCAAAUUAAA